GCCUCCUCGUGUUCCUCCACCCCCUCCCGGCCUGUCAACGUCCUAAUAUGGCAGAUUGCCGGUAUAGGGGGACAGUCCGUGGUGUUUUGAAUGGUCGAGGGGUUACUAUAUAAAGUGGUAGUGCAGCAGAAAGAGUUGCAGCUGGUUCAGCAAUCGCAGUGGUUAGGUCUUUCUCUCCUCAAGCCGUAGACACUCACCUAAGAAGCCAACAUGUGUGACGACGAAGAAACUACCGCCCUUGUGUGCGACAACGGCUCCGGCCUUGUGAAGGCUGGGUUCGCCGGAGACGAUGCCCCCAGGGCCGUCUUCCCCUCCAUCGUUGGCCGCCCCCGUCACCAGGGAGUCAUGGUCGGUAUGGGUCAGAAGGACUCAUACGUCGGCGACGAGGCCCAGAGCAAGAGAGGUAUCCUGACUCUGAAGUACCCCAUCGAGCACGGUAUCAUCACUAAUUGGGAUGACAUGGAGAAGAUCUGGCAUCACACCUUCUACAAUGAGCUGCGCGUGGCACCCGAGGAGCACCCCACCCUGCUCACUGAAGCCCCCCUGAACCCCAAGGCCAACAGAGAGAAGAUGACCCAGAUCAUGUUUGAGACCUUCAACGUCCCCGCCAUGUAUGUGGCCAUCCAGGCUGUCCUGUCCCUGUACGCUUCCGGCCGUACCACCGGUAUUGUGCUGGAUGCCGGUGAUGGUGUCACCCACAACGUCCCAGUGUAUGAGGGUUAUGCCCUGCCCCACGCCAUCAUGCGUCUUGACCUGGCUGGUCGCGACCUUACCGACUACCUGAUGAAGAUCCUGACAGAGCGUGGCUACUCCUUCGUUACCACCGCUGAGCGUGAGAUCGUGCGCGACAUCAAGGAGAAGCUUUGCUAUGUGGCUCUGGACUUCGAGAACGAGAUGGCCACCGCCGCCUCCUCCUCCUCCCUGGAGAAGAGCUACGAGCUUCCCGACGGUCAGGUCAUCACCAUCGGAAACGAGCGUUUCCGUUGCCCUGAGACCCUCUUCCAGCCUUCCUUCAUUGGAAUGGAAUCCGCCGGUAUCCAUGAGACCGCCUACAACAGCAUCAUGAAGUGCGACAUUGACAUCCGUAAGGAUCUGUACGCCAACAACGUGCUCUCCGGUGGUACCACCAUGUACCCUGGUAUUGCUGACCGUAUGCAGAAGGAGAUCACCGCCCUGGCCCCCUCCACCAUGAAGAUCAAGAUCAUUGCUCCCCCCGAGAGGAAGUACUCCGUCUGGAUCGGUGGCUCCAUCCUGGCUUCCCUGUCCACCUUCCAGCAGAUGUGGAUCUCCAAGCAGGAGUACGACGAGGCAGGCCCCUCCAUCGUCCACAGGAAGUGCUUCUAAACCCUCAACCUUUUUCUCCAUCGUCGUCUCCGUCGUCAUCAUCAUUACCACCACCAACUUUCAGGAGACCGGGCGGGGAGAAGGACCACCCCUUGCGGCACAGCGACACCAUGCGGUCAACGGACUUUCCGUCUGCGCUGUUGACACUCGUCGGCAUUUGUUUUAUGAUUCUAUCAUGAUUGCUGUGUGUUGUCUGUGUUGUUCGGAGAACAAACUGUGAACAAACAACACUGAACCAUGCAUCCAACCCCCAAAAAAUAAUAAAAAAAUCUAAACAGCAACAUGUAGCCCAGCACAUGUGAAUGUAAGUGUAUAUACAUGACGAUUAUUAAUUUAAUAAAGUCCAAUAUUUGGUA